UUGAUUUGCUGACAGCAAUGGCAAAGUCAUGACAGAGGUUACUAAUAAAAGUCUGCGUUCUGACAGUUGUUGAAAUUCUUUUUCUUCCUAAAAGAACACAUACUAGCAUUUUCAACAUUUUCCAUUACCUUUCCAACGUUUAGCAGCAUGAUCAAAGUCAAGGGAGUGUCAGGUUACGAACUUUGCCCCUUACAGGUGUGGCUCUAGUUUCGGUCGUUAAACAUGGCGCACGCUUUGAUAAAAGAGAUCAGUGACGACUUCCUGACGUGUCAGAUCUGUCUAGACACCUUCAGAAAGCCGAAGAUUCUCGACUGUGUGCACUCCUUCUGUGAGGACUGUCUGAAGGAGUACGUGAAGCCAGGUGAGACGACAGUGAAGUGUCCCACCUGCCAGCGUGAGACGGCGCUGAAACAAAAUGGCGUCUCUGGACUCAAAGACAACUUUUUCAUUCUCAACUUGGUAGAAACAAUUGGAGCGCGCAAGAAAGUUCAACACUCUGUGGAUAAGAUACCGUGUGACAGUUGUGCGGGCACGGAAGCCGUUGUGUCGAGGUGUUUAACAUGUAAUGACUUUCUCUGUGAAUCGUGUGUGGCGAUACACCGUACUCUCCGAGCGUUCAAAGGUCACCUUGUUGUGACGCUUGAUGAAUUACGGACUGGCAAGUAUGACGGAGAAGCGGACAAAACGGAGCCGACUUGUGACAUUCAUGCCGGGGAGAAGAUGCGAUUCUACUGUAAAACAGACGGUAUUCCAGUCUGUCGGGACUGUACCGUUCUAGAUCACCCCAAACCUGAACAUGAUGUAGUAAAUCUCACAGACGUAGCCGAAGUACUGGGAGCCUCCUGCCAGAGUAUGAUUACUGAACUACAGCAAGCCUUGGACAGCACAGAAAACGAUAUAAAGGCUGUGGAUAGAUCCAUCGUGGACAUUCAAACUAAUGACAGAAAGAUGGAGGAACUUGUUGAUGAACGAGUCAGCCAUCUUGUCACGCUUAUCAAGACGCUUGGGGAGCAAUGCAAGGAGAAGGUUGAGGCUACAUGUAGGCAGGACGUGAAGCAGCUAUAUGGAGAGAAAGAGAGGCUGGAGUUGAAGAAGGUUCGCCUGGCAAGUACGCAGGAGUUAACACAGACUCUUCUGUCUCGAGGCACGGAUAUUGAGGUGGCGAGUGCAUUCAGACAAAUCAGUCAGUGUAGGGAUGAACUUUGCACAGCCACAGGUCCAGAAAGGACCGCAGAACAAGUACUCCAUGCAACUACGGAAAAAGGUGAAGGCUGCGAUGUGCUUCAGGGCAGGGAGGAAUGGAAAACGCUUCUCGCCAUCUCAGACAUGGUUACUCGCCCGACCGUAUCACUACCGAACGCUGCACCGCGGCCGCACCUACAUAAAGGUCAGCUUCAACACAUCGAUGAUGGGCUGGAUGGCGGUCAAGUACAUGACAGCCAUCACAAGGAAGUGAAUCGUGCCUCUCAGACUACCUUGGACGAUCCCAUCAAGAUUGUCAUGGAUCCGGAUAUCAUGUCCUAUAUGAAGCAAGUUAAUGGGUUGGAGGUGCUCGACAUCAUUCUGAAGAACAAAUCGUUGAUCGUCAUAAACUAUGUUAACGGACAAACAGAAGUGGAGUUCUUUGGCAGCGACGCAGCAGGCAGUGACCCCAACAAUGCUUUAGAAGACUUCACAACACUCUACCAGAAAAUUCACCACGGUAUCGUGUGCAAGACGCUUAAGCUACGGUCCAAGCACAUUCCACCAGAUGACGUCUCCAAAGCUGUCGCCAAAAUCACGGAAGACCUCCCUCGAGUGAUGCUGAAGACUACUGCGGACAAAGACGUGAUGUUCUACGGAACAGAUAGGGAGGUCCAGGAGGCGAAGACGGCGAUGUGUGAGCAUCUCGGCAUAGCUGAGCGAGGUCGAAGGAGGAGAGGCAUGGAUGGAGCAGCAGGAAUGCCUGGUGCUAGUAGUCGAGGCGGGACUGGGACUGUACGCUUCACAGAAUGGUUCAAUCACACAACAAAGGAGGGGAUACAGAUCGUCGUCGCCCAUGGUGACAUCACACAACAGUCGGUGGAUGUCAUCGCUAACAACGCGAACGAGCACCUCAGUCACGGGAGUGGCGUAGCCGGAGCGAUCUCCAGGGCAGGCGGCCCGUCUGUCCAACAGGAGAGCAGUUACCAUGUCAAGACCUACGGACGUGUUCGGGUCACAGAGACGGCAGUGACAGGAGGAGGGCAGCUUCCCUGUAAAAACAUCAUUCAUGCCGUGGGACCGAGAUGGACACAUGGUCGCGAGGAUGCAAACGUACGGGAGUUGCAGCAGACUUGCUACAACAUUCUGAACGAAGCAUCUGCAACACUGAAGGCGCAGUCGGUGGCUAUUCCGGCCAUAAGCUCUGGAAUCUUUGGCAUGCCAAAGCAGAAGUGCGCAGAGUCACUACUCUCCGGGUUGGUCCAGUUCCUCCAGAGGGCAAACUCUCCUUCCUGCACACUAAGAAGGAUCAUCUUCAUCGACAUGGACCAAGCAACAGUCAAGGUACUAGCAGAUACCUUUCAGCUCUCAACUAGCGCCUUAACAAGUACAACAGACUCUGUCAGCCAGCCACCGCCAGACCAGUUUUCUCAAACAGAGUCACGUAAGUCACACACAGACCAAGGAGACAAAGGUUCGACAUCAGGUGGAGAUGAUGCCACGGGAGACUGUCCCAUGUGCAUGUCAGGCAUUACUGAUCCCAAGUCUCUCCCAUGUAAACACACAUUCUGUAGAGUUUGCAUAGAUACAGCUCUGUCCUACAAGUCCCAGUGCCCCAUGUGUAACACCAUUGUUGGAGAACUGAAAGGAAACCAGCCCCAAGGACGCAUGAACUGGUACACAACCAAGGGAACACGACUCGCUGGGUACGAGAACUGUGGCGCCAUCGUCAUCAACUACCACUUUUCGUCAGGGACACAAGGAUCUGACCAUCCCAACCCCGGUCGCCGCUACAGCGGUACCUCCUGGUGUGCUUAUCUCCCCGACAACGAAGAGGGACGAGAGUUGGUCCAGCUCCUGAAACGUGCCUUUGACAACCGCCUGGUCUUCACCAUUGGGACAUCCGUCACAACCGGCGCUACAGACACGGUGGUCUGGAACGACAUUCACCAUAAAAUCAAUGUCAGCGGGGGAGCCUCCAGCUAUGGCUAUCCAGACCCGGGAUACCUGGCAAGGCUCCGUGAGGAGUUGGCAGCAAAGGGGAUCAAAUGAAGUACUUUACAACACUAUAUGUCUUAUACCUGGAGUUGUUGAUGUAUUAUUAUAUUUGUAAAAUGAUUUCUAUAACGUGAAUUUGCUUUUACGAAAGCAGUAUGUAAUUGGAAGCGGAGGAAUUGGAGCGUGCGGAGUGUGAAGCAUACAACCACCACAAAAAGGCACAUGAUACAUGAAACAUCACAAGCAAAUGCCAUGGCAACUCAAUGUGUUGAAUAAGAUAUGAAAAUAUCCUAGCAAAGGACAGCUAGCUGUUCUUAGUCGACAUGAUGCAUUACUUUAUCAACUGUCGAAAUUACUACAACUAAAAAAAUCCGGUGAGGCGACAAAAGUCCCUAAUUGUAAUGGAAAGACGCUUGACUUAUUGUGUACGCAAACAGAUAACUAUUUAGCUUUUUUAAGGCAUAAACCCCUUUGAAGAAUUUCCCUGGAGUUAAUAGGUAUUUUAGUAUUGAUGCGACAAUAUAUUGAUCUAUUAUAAAGGAGACUGUAUGGGACUAUGAUGUCAUUGGUUGAUAGAACCAUUUUCCUCAUUUGUUGCAUGUAUAAGAUUGUUGUAUUGACGAUGACUUCGUAUGGUAAGUUAUUACGAACUCGAUUCGUAAUUAUUUCAUCUAGCAUCUUUAAGUCUGUGAUGACACAGGUGCGAACAAUUUGUUGUUAAUACUUACAUCAUUGAUAUAUAAACAUUUCGGUAGUUUGAAGGUGUAAAUUAAAGGUCAGUAAAGUAUACUUGGCUGCGUUGCAGAUAUAACGGUGCGACUCUCAAUGAGACAUGUCAGUUACGCAGUUUACACCAAGAGUCGGUUAUAUUGAGAGUCGCAAAUAACUCAACCUUGACAAUUAAGACGGAUCUGCUUACGUUGUAGGUGAGCCAUGUAACGUAACACGACUUGAAAUGUGAUCCCAAUUUAAAUAGCUGCUGACCCUUCUAUUUGUUCUUGUUUUGAUCAUUUAGGUUUAGCUACCUUCGCCAAGAAAAG